UACAGGGUCCUGCUAUUCCAAACAAUUCUGGAAAGAUUGCACAGGACUGGGUAAACAACUAAGAAGAGAGUGUUCUGAACAGCAACACAAAGUGGAAGAAACUUAAGCUGAAGGUAAAUAUAUUGUUUACACUGAAGAAGAUUGUAAGUGGACUCAAAAGUGCUGACAGCUCAAAUGGAUCCCGUGGAACUGAGAAAUGUCAAUAUUGAACCUGAUGAUGAGAGCAUCAGUGGAGAAUGUAUUCAGGAUAACUAUACAAGACUGGGAAAUUCCGAAAAAGCAGCAAUGAACAGUCAAUUUGCCAAUGAUGAUGCUGAAAGUCAGAAAUUCCUGACAAAUGGAUUUUUGGGGGAAAAGAAGCUGGCAGAUUAUGAGGAUGAACAUCAUCCCGGACACACCUCCUUUGGAAUGUCUUCAUUCAAUUUGAGCAACGCCAUCAUGGGGAGUGGAAUCUUGGGUUUGUCCUAUGCCAUGGCAAACACGGGAAUCAUACUUUUUGUAAUCAUGCUGCUCACAGUGGCAAUAUUAUCACUCUAUUCAGUUCACCUUUUGUUGAAGACUGCCAAGGAAGGAGGAUCUUUAAUUUAUGAAAAGUUAGGGGAAAAAGCAUUUGGAUGGCCUGGGAAAAUUGGAGCUUUUGCUUCCAUUAUAAUGCAGAAUAUUGGAGCAAUGUCAAGCUACCUCUUUAUCAUUAAAUAUGAACUACCUGAAGUAAUCAGAGCAUUUAUGGGACUUGAAGAAAAUAGUGGAGAAUGGUACCUCAAUGGCAACUACCUCGUCAUAUUUGUGUCUGUUGGAGUCAUCCUUCCACUUUCUCUUCUUAAAAGUUUAGGUUACCUUGGUUAUACCAGUGGAUUUUCUCUUACCUGCAUGGUGUUUUUUGUCAGCGUGGUUAUAUACAAGAAAUUCCAAAUACCCUGCCCUUUGCCUCUUUUGGAUCACCAUGCUGGAAAUAUGACGUUCAACAAUACACUUCCAAUGCACUUGGUCAUGUUACCCAACAAUUCCCAGAAUAGCGGUGUGAAUUUCAUGAUGGAUUACACCCACAAAAAUCCUACAGGACUAGAGGAAAAUCAGGUCAAGAACUCUUUUCAUGGCAGUGGAGUAGAGUUUGAAGCGAACAAUGAUGACAAGUGUCAACCCAAAUACUUUAUAUUCAAUUACCGGACGGCUUACACAAUUCCUAUUCUUGCAUUUGCUUUUGUAUGCCACCCUGAAGUUCUUCCCAUCUACAGUGAACUUAAAGACCGAUCUCGGAAGAAGAUGCAAACAGUGUCUAAUGUUUCCAUCACAGGAAUGCUCAUCAUGUACCUGCUUGCUGGUCUUUUUGGUUACUUAACUUUCUAUGGAGAAGUGGAAGAUGAGUUACUUCAUGCUUAUAGCAAAGUGUACACAUUUGACACCCCUCUCCUGAUGGUACGCCUGGCAGUCCUUGUUGCAGUAACACUAACAGUGCCCAUUGUCUUGUUCCCAAUUCGGACAUCGGUGAUCACAUUGUUAUUUCCAAAAAGACCUUUUAGCUGGGUACGACAUUUUCUAAUUGCAGUCAUAAUCAUUGCAGUUAAUAAUGUUUUGGUCAUCCUUGUGCCAACUAUAAAAUACAUCUUUGGAUUCAUAGGAGCAUCUUCUGCUACAAUGUUGAUUUUCAUACUUCCAGCAGCUUUUUAUAUUAAAAUUGUCAAGAAAGAACCUUUUAGGUCACCCCAAAAGAUUGGGGCUUUCAUUUUUCUUGUGGUUGGAAUCAUCUUCAUGAUUGGAAGCAUGGGACUCAUUAUAAUGGACUGGAUUUAUGAUCCUCCAAGUUCCAACAAGCAUCACUAACCAAGGAAAAAUAGUUUUUUCUAUUGAAAAUGAUUGGAAUUUAUGCUGUGAAAGACAUUUGAGUUUUCUUGGGUAGAAUAUUUUUCAGAAGAAAUAACAAGAAGAUCCCAAAGGCAUUUGUUUAUUAAUAAGAUCAUCAGCCAACUGCAGAAGGGAAAAAGAAUUUUUGUCAAGAACUACUAUUCAUGAGUUUAAAAUAUGUGGUGCAUAUUUCUACCCAGGUUUUACUAGACUAGUAUGAGAUGAUGUAUUUUUGUUCUGUAUAGUAGAAAAUGGAUAACUUCAUUUUAUAAUCAUCAGAUAAUACCCUUCCCCACCACAUCCCCC